AGCUGUUCCAGAUUUACAUUUUGGAACAUCCAAAGGGGAAAUGGCCCAUGAACGGAAAAUGAUGGCUCUACAGAUAUUGGAAGCAUCAGUGUUCGAUGAGGCCAAUAACUGUGCCAUGUGUUCACUGGCAAAGCCUGCUGGAUCUGUGCGUCCAGUGAUAAAUUGGAUCCAAUGUGACAUGUGCAAGAGGUGGUACCACGAAUGCUGCCUGGGCAUGUCCAAAGCUAAGCUGACACAGGCCAGAGCUAACAUGUGGAACUGCGUUGUGUGCUCUUAAAUCCAUUAGUUUGCAUUACUUCUGUUUUUAUUUAAAAAUGUGCAUAUUUGAAAUUGUUCUUUUUCUUUUAAAUUAUUGCAUAUAGCUCCAGUGUGUGUUCUUGUAAAAAAAUAUUUUUAUUUCAAAAUUUUAAUAUUUGAAUUUUUUAUUUUUCAUUUAAACUAUUGUAUAUAGUUCCACUUUGUGUUUUUGUAUAGACAAUCUUGUAAAUUUUGCAGAAAUUGUAAAUAUUUUUAAUAUCAUUCCAACAAAUAAAAACAAAGUAGCAGUAAUCU